AUGGCCGAACAACCCCCCGGUGCGCUCUCGGCAGCUUUCCCCCCGCCGCCAACGUUCUUCACGCACUUUACGCCCGAGAAUCUCGCGGCUCUCAAGGAGUUGAGGGGUGCCGAUGGGGCCCUGCCGCCCGCGGAGCUGCUGCCGGAGGAGCUGAAGUGUCUGGUGCCGCCGCCGCUGCCGGAGGGGGGGUAUCGCGCGUUUGGGGAGACUUGGACGCUCCCCGAGAUCUACCCCUCCCUCGCCCAAUCCGGCAUCCAGCAGCUCUACCCCGACCCCACCACGGCCACGCCCAACGGCAAAGAAAAGGCCCUCUCCCUGGACCGCACGCUCGAGCUUCGCCGACUGUCGCAGUCGCUGCUGCUCAACUACCUCGAGCUCGUGGGCGUGAUGGGCAUCGCGCCCGAGCAGUUCCACGAGAAGACGGCGGCGCUCGAGACGAUCCUCUUCAACAUGCACCACCUCAUCAACGAGUACCGGCCGCACCAGGCGCGCGAGACGCUGUGCCUGCGCAUGGAGGAGCAGCUGGAGAAGAUCCGCCGCGAGACGGAGGAGAAUCGGAGGGUCGUGGGGCAGAUUGAGGAGGUGUUGGCGGGGCUGGCGGGCGUGGGCGAGAGGGCGGAGGCGCUGGUGGGGGAGGUGGUGGGCGGGAGGAAGGGGAAGGAGAGUGGGGAGGAGAGGAGGGAGAGGGCUGUUGCGAGGGAUAGGGAGGCGUGGAGGAUGCUGGGGUUGGGGGGCGCUUGA